CACAGCGGUAAGUUUUGUGGCCGACUUUCGUUCAUUCCUAUUAAUCGUGGAAGAAGUAACUUGUUUUGAUUGAGGUGGAGAGACGGAAUACUUGAUUUGUAGCAAGUUUUGAUUUAUUUAGCAACACUAGGAUUCUUGUUUUUUUUUAAGGUGGAGAAAUUCUCUCAUCGAAUUUCAACAUUCCUAAGUGAUCGCGGAUUUCAACUAACGGACGCGAAAUAUCAACUUGUGAAAACGCUUUCGUAAGAUGCUUGUUUGAUAUAAGCCAAGAGCUCAAGAAAGUCUUAUGACGAUGAUGAAUCGACGAAUGGGGUCAAUCGAUGUUAUACUACUUAUGGCAGUUGUCGUACAACAAGGGUCUUCGACAAAAUAUACUUUACAAAUGAACUCAACAGAUAUAUACGAGUGGCCAAGACUUGUUUAUCCUGUUGACUUUAAUCUUUGCAAGGGGAAGCUGGAUUUCGAUUUUAAAACUUUCAACAAAAACGCGAUUGUUUUGUACCAAGAUGAUCAUGGACAAUCUGAUUUUAUAUCCAUGAGUUUGGUGAAUGGUCGCCUCGUGUUCAUAAUGGGUUUUGGAAGAGGGCCUUUGCAAAAUUUCACGACUACCGAAAAUGAUUAUGGAGACUUCAGAUGGCAUACUGUGAGCAUCGAGCUCAGUUCAUUCCACAGUAAUGACGUAAUCCCGCGUGUUUUGAUCACGGUCGAUGGGAAAAUUGUGUACAACAAACUGAGAGAGAAAAGUUGCCAGUUGGAAUCAAAAUUACUGAUAGGUGGUUUGACUCGUGAGCGUUUACAGUAUUCCAAUUCUUUAACCUAUCAAAAUUACAAGUCUUUUUAUAGUCUUGCCACAGGUGGUUCAAGACGAGGAUAUCUUAAUGCGUGCAUAGGUGAAAUUCGUUAUGGUAAGACACAAGACAGCAUGAUAGACAUUACAAAUAGACCCGCAGAGAAAUAUCUCGUCGAAAAAGGAUGCAAUCUAAAUUACUGUCAUAAACCCGAUCCCAUUUGUAAGAAUAACGGCAGAUGCACGCCGGGAACGAAUAACGAUGUCAAUUGUGAUUGUCUUUGGACCGGUUUCACAGGCGACUAUUGCACAGAACCUGUUCUUGAGCUUACGUUAAAUGGUUCCUACAGAGUAAAGCAUAUGUUUACAAACAAAGCCCUUAAAACAGAGUCGUACGGCUUUCGCAUAAAGACAUUACAAGAUAACGCUUUGAUAUUCCACGCCAUUGGCCCUGAUGCGAGCAAGGAUUACACACUUAUAGAACUACAGAAAUCUCGCAUAAGGUUGACGGCUAAUUUUGGAGCUGAAACUUACGUGUUGGAAUCGAGCAACAUUGUGAGCGAUGGUAAUUGGCACACGGUGAAAUAUAGAAAGACCGUAAAAACGAUUACUUUGAUCGUUGAUUUGAGGGAGAAGCGCAAGCGGUUGAUGAACAAACUUUAUGUGAAGAUGGACUACAAUGGUCUCUCAUUUCUGGGAAAGAAGAAAGCUUUAAAGUACGAGAUUAAAAUACAAGAUUUUGUGUGGAUGAAUGAAGAUAGGUCUAUAAAUUUCGUCAAAGAAUUAUACGAAACAUUCGCCCAUGGACAAGGACCACAAAGAAUAUUUGUUGUUGAACCACGGAAUAUACUUCCUAAGUUCAAUAAGGAACUACCCAAUCUCACUCCUAAACCAUUUCUACCUAUAACUAAAUCUAAUAACGAGUAUCCAUGUACGGAGAAUGAAUGUUCGACUCCAUCGACAGCUUCAGAGAUAGAAAUGACGACGCCAUUGUCCGCCGAGUUUGGAUUAAAUGAUUCUGGAAAAGAUGAUAAAAGUUCUUCGACGACAUGGAUUGUUGUUGCUACUGUGGUAUGUGUCAUCCUUGUUGUUGCCGUCAUUGCAUUUUUUGUUUACAAAUGGAACCUCAAACGUCAGUCUGGAAACUUUGAGGUGCAUAAAAAGCCUGUUGCGCCCAGAAAUACGAUGAUCCAUUACCAGGAAAGCGCACAUCGAAAGAAACAGCAACAAAUGCGACUAUAAUUAAUUGAGGUCAGUUUAUGCCGGCACGCGUUAAGUGAGCACCUAAUUUACCCGCAUUGGUAAAUUUCGUCAAUUUCUCCGAGUUACAAAGCAUGCAUGUAUUUUGCAGAUUGUACCCUGGAGAAUUUUCAUGUUUCAUAACUUUUUUCGCUAUUGAAACUUUUCCUUUGAAUUUUGACAUGGAGACUAAACGUUGUUUUUGUCAAUGACGCUUAUUAGGAACGCUGUGUUGAAUUAGCUGCAAAAGUAAAGUUUAGUACAGUUUUCGUAGCUGUCAUGUUUUGUUGCAUGUGAAGUCCGCGGUACAGCGCGCUCAGAAAUGCGAUCAAGAUGAUUAAUUAAAGAAGUUUGCCAUUGCAUAAAAUAGCAUUUUAAAGAAUGAAAGUAAAGUCCCGAACUAGGAAAUUUUUCCCAAAAAUUUUACGGCAUUUAAAAGGAAUGAUUAGUAUCCUUUCCAAUGUAGAUCAAUAAAAGUAAAAUCAAUAUAUAUAUAUAUGUAUUUUAAAUAAAGUUCAAUCCAUGCAGCUCUUGGUAUGGAAAUCCGGGCAUGAAAA